AUGUCUAUUUCUUCUUCUUCAGACUCUGGCUUUUCGUCGGAUCAAUCUGAGUGUCCAUUGUCAUCAGUCUCCAAGUAUCCGCCAUGCGGACAAGAUUCUGUUCUAUGGCUCUUUUACAGAGGGAAGAGCCUGAAACCGGAUCCUCUCAGGCCCAAUUGCGGCACAUUCGCACAACCACCUCGAAAAAAGGUGCUGAUGAAGGCUCCUGACCCCUCAAUGCGUAGUAUGCUCAUUAUUCCGAUUCCAAACUGGCUUAAAGAUAUGAAAGACACGGAAGAGCAUGUACUUCCCCUCAUCCCAGACUCUCAUCUACAUGCUCUCACGCGGCAGGCUUCUGCAAUGUGUCGGCGCUAUCAAAAUAACUCUGAGUGUCACUUCGGAUGGCGGUCCUGCGAUACGGCAGAUACAUUUCCUUACGAAAUUCAUGUUGCUCGGGCAGUAUAUACUGCUCACAGUGUAUUGUUAAUCGCUACGAGUCCCUGUAUGGGGACAAUGCAACGGUUUCCCAUGCUCAGCUGGGCAACAACGCACGAUUCCUUCUUUCAAUCCGUCUGGGAAGACGUCCUUCGAGAGAGUGGAUUCCAUCUCGAGUUCAGACCAGUGUGGCCCGUGUUAUAUCUACAGGAAACCUCUCCAAGUACACACACUACUGCUCCAGAUGUCAUCAUAUCAUAUCGGGGUGUCCCUCUCUUCAUCGUCGAAUACGUGAAAGCUGAUCCCUCGCUCCUUGACAAAGCUAUCUAUCCUCACUUGCAACACCUCAUGGUGUCUAUGCAAUCAUCUCUAGCUGGGCGCAAAGAACUCCGGCCUGUAUUUGGCUUGCUGAUCUAUGAAGCAGAUGUAAUAACUGUAUAUGGUUAUAUUCGCGACAACAAGUUCUAUUCAAAGACGACCGGUAAAAUAGAUAGUCCGGUAUUUGAUUUGAGAAAACCCUUUGAUGUGUUGGCUCUUCGUAUGAUGAUUUCCAACUCGCACUCCUACGCACAAAAGAUGUCCGAAGCUGAGAUCGUGAGUACAAAAAUUCGACCUAUACCGUGUGGAUCUCCGGGAUAUAAUCGGGCGUAUCUUGGACCAUUUGCUGUCCUUAUAGAUGACCAAGCAAAUAGAUUGCACGAGGCUGACGCGCUUCAAUGGAUGCUUUCUCGACGAGUACGACUCACUGAGUCUAUCGACUCAUCGAAUCACGGACUUUCCGACUCGUCCAUUUCUUGGGUAUCGCUGUUCGUCUGCUGCGAUAUCCCUACUGCAUUAGAUGACGACCUGAUUCUCGACUGUGCUCGUUGCCUCACCCAACGGCAAAAUCGUGCUCUUGACCAGCUCAAACAUGACCUUUUGCAAUUAGACAACGCGCUUUAUACACACGGGCUCGUCUCGUCCUCUCCACCCGACACGGACCGUACAGCCUUGAUACUAGACACGCAACGAGCUGCUUCUUUCUUCGCUAGCAUUCAAGACACGUUCGGAACCGAGUACAUCAAAGAAAAGCCGUGUCCAACCAGGUGGUCUAUCUUGUUGAACUCAUUUCUGACCGCAGCAUGGGCGGAUAUAAGGGCCAAAGGCCCCAAUAUCGUCGAGUUUCAGUGCUACCCGUCUUGGUCAAUGCAUCGUAAGGUCCAGAUAAAUACCAUCGAAGACGCGGACCCGACGCCUCACCAAGAAAUAACUCCUGAUGCGGCAUUCAUCAUCAAACCGGAUUUUGUCUUUGGUGAUGCUGCAUUCUCCAAGUACACAUAUGAAGAGCAGUUUGAGUUUUCCGAUGAGCUCUCGGUAGGAGCGGAUCCUUCGAUCUAUACAGGGACGACAUCGCAUUCCCAGGUUCCUAUCCUGAUAGUGGAAUACGUGAGGGAUUAUAGUCCACAGGCACGGAAAUCGCACCUGGUUCACUUGUCGAUGGCGAUGAAAUCUGCGAUGGGGUUACUCCACGCUCUGGUGUUGCCUCCUAUUGUUCUGGGACUUCUUGUGGAUGGCUUUCGUAUUACUGUUGUCUGUUGUUCGGGGUCAGAGGCUGAGGAUCUGGUCACCGAACUCCCUGAAAAGUAUGAUUUCGACCUGCUCAAACCGAUAGACGUUUUUCGGCUACGGCGGUGUAUGCGCAAUGUUUGGAAGCUUGCACACGAGAUUGAAAGAUUAGAUCGAGCUGCUCACGUUCAAGUAGAAAAGUCGAUAUCUUCAGGUGCAUUUCCUUGGUGGAAAGCGAGCUCAGACCGACAUCUGGGUAGUACCCAAACGAAGGAUACCAUCCGUGGCUGGUGUCAGGAUGCUGCAUCCACAAUGUGAGAUUGGUUGUUGUCUACGAUUGAAGACAAAGAG